CAUGUUAAAAAAUUAAAUUCUGCUAACAUAAAAGCUUAAUAUAGGAGCGUUAAAGCAAAAUAUCACUUACAAUUCGAUGGAAAAGCAAUUGAAGGAAGCAAAACUAUUUUUAAUUUAAGAUUCAUACGAAAAAUCUGAUGCAUAUAAACAGUUUCUUUCUUUAUUUAGUUAUCAUGACCUGUAACACUCAAAAUUGAGUCAUUUAUAUGAUCAAGGUGUUUGUAAAGCAUUCGGACUAAAAACGCACAAAAGCGUAUUUGAAAAGUUUGGCAAAAAAAUGAAUUUAAAUGGUUAGGUUAUUCAUGCAGUUUGCUCAAAUGCCCAAUUAUAAUUUUAAUGA